GGCGCUGCGUGCGUUGGCUCACAGAUUGAUCAGAGAUAGACAGAUCAAGAUGGCGGUGGAUUUUGCUGCAACCUACAAGAUUCUAGUUUUAGGUGAUAGCAACGUAGGUAAAACGUGUAUUGUACAUCGGUUCUGUGACGAAAGAUUUUACGACACUUACAUUUCCACCAUCGGAAUCGAUUUUAAACAGAAAAUAAUCAACUUGGAUGGAAUGCCCGUUAAAUUGCAAAUUUGGGACACGGCCGGGCAGGAAAGAUUUCGAACUCUGACGACGGCUUAUUAUCGUGGUGCUAUGGGUAUACUCCUCAUGUACGACGUCACUAACAUGGAUUCAUUUAAUCACCUAUCUUACUGGUUUCGUAACGUUAAAGAGAAUGCAGCUCCGGACGUGGUUCGUGUUUUGGCUGGAAACAAAUGCGAUGCCGAACAUCUUAGGGUCGUCGAUUACGAACAAGGAAAAAAGAUUGCAGACAGCUUCGAAAUUCCUUUCUUCGAAUGCAGUUGUAAGCAAAAUAUCAAUAUUAACGAGGCCUUCAUAGCUCUAGCUCGUAAAAUAAGAGAACAAAGAGAAAGAAGAGCUAGCAGAUUCGACGAGAUCGAACGUCAGGAAUGGGAAAAGACGGUGCUUCAUCAAACACAACAAGUAGCAGCAGGCAGCUAUCGCUGUAACUGUUAGCCCCUCUUUUAUCCGAAAAUAACGGAAAAGAAAUUUAUCUAAAAUUUAACUAAAAACUAAAAAAUAAAAUCUACACACAAAAAAAAUAAACAUUAAAAAUCUAUAAGGCAUGUGUGAACUACUAGAUUUGUUUUCACCGGGGUCAAAAGCAAUUUCUGCAUGCAUUAUUUAAAGGCGCCAUUUUGAAUGCACUCCGAUGCAUACAACACUGCUUGUGUUGGUGGCUAAAUUAUGUUGCCUUUCUCCUAAUUAUUCUGGCGGCAUGGACCAGUCGGGAGGGACGAAAGAAAAAAAAAAAGAAAAAAUAACGAACGCUUAAAACUGUUUUUUUAUAACAUUUGCUAAGUUGUCCAAAGGGGCCAUGACCCCCAAGAAGUCGCAAGCGCUUGAGAAGCUAUCUCCAAAGUCUGUGAUUUUCAGGUAUUAAUACUUGUAAAAAUAUACAUAUUAUAUAUAACUGUGCAUAUGUUUGGAUCGUAGCUUCGAAUGCAUACUUUUGCUAAAAAUAGUGAUAUUCCCCCGUUUUCUUCCUUUCAAACUAAGCUCGUGACCCGCGUUAAGUCAUACAAUUGUAUAUAUAUAAAUAUAUAUAUAUAUAUACACACACACAUACACACAGAUACAUACACACACACACACAUAUAUAAAUAUAUAUUGUGAGAGUAAUAUCCGAACUUUAAGUCUUUAAUUCGAAUAAUUGAAAAUGAACCAAAGUAAAUUUGUCAAAAACGUGUCUAUCGAACGUCCUACUGUCAGUUCUUAUGUAUUUUUCCUUUUGUUAA